GGUUUGACGAAAGGCGAGCGAGGCUCCCGCCCGGUCUCCAGUUGUCCACGGCUCCUCCUCCUGUCGCGGCCGGCGGGAUUCCGGGGACUCAGAUGGACCACACAUCCCCGACCUACAUGCUUGCUAACUUAACCCACUUACAUUCUGAACAGCUUCUGCACGGCUUGAAUCUUCUUCGUCAGCAUCACGAACUCUGUGACAUCAUUCUUCGAGUAGGUGAUGUUAAAAUCCAUGCUCACAAAGUGGUACUUGCCAGCAUCAGCCCGUAUUUCAAAGCUAUGUUCACUGGAAACCUUUCUGAGAAAGAGAACAGUGAGGUUGAGUUUCGGUGCAUUGAUGAAACCGCUCUCCAGGCCAUUGUGGAAUAUGCCUAUACAGGGACCGUUUUUAUUUCUCAGGACACAGUUGAAUCUCUCCUUCCAGCAGCAAACCUACUCCAGAUAAAACUUGUCCUGAAAGAAUGUUGUGCAUUUCUUGAAAGCCAACUUGAUCCUGGUAAUUGUAUUGGAAUUUCUCGUUUUGCAGAGACAUAUGGUUGUCAUGACCUUUCUCUGGCAGCCACUAAAUACAUAUGCCAGAAUUUUGAAGCUGUUUGCCAGACUGAAGAGUUUUUUGAGCUAACGCAUGCUGAUUUGGAUGAAAUUGUUUCCAAUGACUGUUUGAACGUAGCUACUGAAGAGACUGUUUUUUAUGCACUCGAGUCUUGGAUCAAGUAUGAUGUACAAGAACGCCAGAAAUACUUAGCACAGCUACUUAACAGUGUGCGAUUACCGUUGCUGAGUGUUAAGUUUCUCACUAGACUGUAUGAAGCAAACCAUCUUAUUCGUGAUGAUCGCACUUGUAAACAUCUGUUGAAUGAAGCCCUAAAGUACCACUUUAUGCCUGAACAUAGACUCUCUCAUCAGACAGUCUUGAUGACACGACCUCGCUGUGCUCCCAAAGUACUUUGUGCAGUAGGAGGAAAAUCUGGACUGUUUGCCUGUUUGGAUAGUGUGGAGAUGUACUUUCCUCAGAAUGACUCUUGGAUUGGUUUGGCACCCCUAAACAUUCCUCGCUAUGAAUUUGGAAUAUGCGUUUUAGACCAAAAAGUGUAUGUUAUAGGUGGUAUUGAAACUAAUGUGCGUCCUGGCAUCACUAUCAGAAAACAUGAAAAUUCAGUAGAAUGCUGGAAUCCUGAUACCAAUACCUGGACUUCUCUGGAGAGGAUGAAUGAGAGCCGAAGUACCCUUGGAGUAGUAGUACUUGCGGGAGAACUCUAUGCUUUAGGUGGCUAUGAUGGACAGUCUUAUUUACAGUCUGUAGAGAAGUAUAUUCCCAAAGUGAGGAAGUGGCACCCUGUGGCACCGAUGACUACAACAAGGAGUUGUUUUGCCGCAGCUGUGUUGGAUGGAAUGAUUUAUGCCAUUGGUGGCUAUGGUCCUGCCCACAUGAACAGUGUGGAGCGUUAUGAUCCCAGUAAGGACUCCUGGGAGAUGGUUGCAUCUAUGGCAGAUAAAAGGAUUCACUUUGGUGUGGGUGUCAUGCUAGGCUUUAUUUUUGUAGUGGGUGGACAUAAUGGUGUCUCACAUUUGUCAAGCAUUGAAAGAUACGACCCUCAUCAAAAUCAGUGGACUGUGUGUAGACCAAUGAAAGAACCCAGGACAGGAGUCGGUGCUGCAGUGAUUGAUAAUUACCUUUAUGUGGUGGGUGGUCACUCAGGCUCUUCCUAUCUGAAUACUGUGCAGAAAUACGACCCUAUCUCAGAUACGUGGCUGGACUCAGCUGGCAUGAUAUACUGUCGCUGCAACUUCGGAUUGACUGCACUGUGACCCGUUUGGGCCAUGGAAGCUGUGGUGAUGGACCCUGUGCUGCAUGGAAGGAUGCCCAGUUUUCUGAAGCCCAAAAGCUGCAUUGCUUUCUUUUUAACUUGAAAUGGCAUGAAGACUCCAAGUUUUGUUGGGUACUUUGAACUAAAAGUAGUUUUGGUUGCUCUUGAUUACACAGUGAAUCAAUAAUCAAAAAAAAAAAACAAAAAGGAAAGAUCUUGCCCAUUGAAUCGUGCACUUUUUUUCCUAAUGCUGAGAUAGAGUAGUUUUAUGUUCCUCAGUGUACAUGUGGAGAAAAUCUUGCUGCUUUUUU